AUGGACUAUGGUUAUGCGAGCUCGCCUUCACAAUCGCCAAAUCAAUCGAUCUUUGCUGCUGGACAAUACUUCGACAGCACAUCCGAGAGCUCCAGUCCUGAUACACCCAAUAUGACUUCAAUGAUGUUCAACAACAAUUCGAUACAAUACGAUAUGUUCCAGUAUGGCACUGCUCCAGCAAACUUUUAUCCCCCGACGCAGAACGGCAAGAUCGCAGUUGAAUACAACAACGCUGCCACUCUAGAUCAAGCGAAUCGACGGCGGCGGAGGUCAGGUAGCACAUCUACCACCAAAGAAAAGGACACAAUUCCUAACAUGCAUUUGAGGAGGCGUGCUCAGAAUCGAGCAUCUCAACGCGCAUUUCGGGAGCGAAAGGAGAAGCACGUCAAGGGACUUGAGCAUCAGCUUGAAGACCUACACGAGAAACACCAAGAUCUUCUCCAAACGUACACCCGCCAAGCAGAUGAGGUCGGCAAGCUCAACAACCGGAUAGCGGAACUCAGCGCCGAGUUGAAUGCACUCCGGACGUGUCAAGACCAGUCCUUCAGUGAGAUGCUAAUGCCGGACAAGUUCGACAAGUUCGAUGCCUUCUCAGCCCAUGACAUGCUGUACAGUGGUCCAGAUUCCUAUUUCGACAAGAAUGCCGUGGACAUAAACUCAGAGUUCGCCCUGCAUUCUUUCGAGGAUUCACUAUAG